CCGCGCAGGAUGAGCGCCGGCCGGAAAUAACAGUGAGUGAGUGACGGAAGAAGAAAGAUGGAGGCGGCAGUGUUCAUUCUGUCGCUGGUGGACUGCUGUGCACUGAUUUUCCUCUCGGUCUACUUUAUCAUCACCCUGUCUGACCUGGAGUGUGACUACAUCAAUGCUCGAGCCUGCUGCUCCAAACUCAACAAAUGGGUAAUUCCAGAGAUGGUGGGCCAGUGUCUCUCCACCAUGCUGAUGCUGGUCUCCAUGCACUGGUUCAUCCUCCUCCUCAACCUGCCUGUAGCAGCUUGGAACAUUUACAGGCACGUGAAGGUCCCUAUGGGAAACAUGGGCGUGUUUGACCCCACUGAGAUCCACAACCGAGGUCAGCUCAAGUCCCACAUGAAGGAGGCCAUGAUCAAACUGGGCUACCACCUGCUCUGCUUCUUCAUUUACCUGUACAGCAUGAUCCUGGCUCUGAUCAACGACUGAAGCUCUCAGCAGCCUCUCUGACCCCAGCUGCCAAAUCCCACACUCCAGGGUCCAACCCCCCCAACCCACCCCCCCAACACCCCCACCCCGCUCCUGCUCCAGUCCUGUGUGCACCAACCCUAUCAGAACAGCCCAGAGAACACGUUCACUGUAACUGUGGUCGAGUUCACUGUUAUGUGUGUUGUCAGAAUCCCAGAGUUUGAACUGUUUAACACUUCAGUACCAUCGUGAUGAAACUCUACUGUGAUCAGUUUUUUUAUUAUUAGCAGCAGCAGCAGCAGCAGUUACUCAGCCUCUACUGGCUGUAAGACACAUCUCCACAGGGUGGGCUUCCUUCAACAGACACACACACACACACACACACACACACACACACACACACACACACACACACACACACACACCCCCCCGGCACCAACAGCUCCACUGUCAGCGUCGCAUUUCCUCCUCAUUCUGGUGUCUGCAGCUGAUUGGAUAUUUAGAUGUACCUUAUCAUUUGUUGCCGUGGAUCAGUGCACAGUUCAGCUGCUGGCGUGUCACCACAGGAUGUGAAGCAGCUGUGCUGUGCUCAGGCCUUCAGCUCUGAGACACAGGUAGCUCCAUGUUAGGCUCCUCCAUCACUCCUUGAAACUGUUGAGGUGGAAACGUGGUGGACUGAGUGUUUCAGCUGUUUGCAGGUCGAGUCUACGUCCACAUGACUAUGCUUUCGUUUUAAAACGCAUCUCUUCUGCUCUCCUGUCCACACUACUCUGGAGUUUUCUAGCACUUAAAAUGGAAACGCUGCUGGUUCCGUUUUAGUUUGAAAGGUCCGGGGUUGUGUUGCUAUCUGGACAGGUGAAAACGGAGACCUUAGGAAACGAUGAUGUAGACGCCCACAGUCGCUCCUCGAUUGGGUCUUAUCUCCCUCGACUACCAGUGGUGAAUACAACAUGACAAUGAAAGUGUUACUGACCUUGUUGUCUUUGCUAGCAGCUGUUGAGGAGUUUAAUUCUGCAUUUUAACACUGCAGCUGUCUUCGCUGUUCCUCGUUCAUAGUGUUUUUUGCAACUAAUCAGCUGCAGAGUAGACAAUCUGCUUCCUGUUUACACCGGCUCGCGCAUGCUCAGUGUACGUGAUUGCUCAGGUAUGGAUGUGUUUUCAGCUGUGACAGUCUGGACAGAGAUCGUUUUCAUUUGAAAACGUAGUAGUGUGGACGUAGCCCGAGGCCGUGCUGACUGAUCCUCCUCCACCUGUGCUGCUGCUGAGAGUCUGACGUGUCUCCUCAUCAGUGAUCUUCAACUGACUCAGUGUGUUGAGUGUUAGAAGAGGCCGUUCUUGUGCCUUUUUCUUUUUGCUUCCACAAGUAAAACUUCAUGUGAUUUGCAGUUUGUUCUGAUUUAGAAAAACCUGGAUCAGAUCCACAGUGGUGGGAAAAUGGCCGACAGGUGUGUUUGUCACUCCUGCAUGUUUAUUGGAUCAGGGACAACGUGACAACAUAUUUCUUCUCUCACAGACACGGACUCAAAGCAAAUCAAAGGAAAAUCCACAUAAAGCAAUAAUAGUAACUUUGAGCUGCACAGCACUGUUCAGGGACAAAGACAAAGGAUAACAAGUACGGUAAAUAAAAUCCAAAACAAGAUCAAGUCAUUUUAACCGUCAUAACCAACACCAGUGAGGAGAUUUAGAUGGACACACUGAGUCAGUGUGAAUAAAGCUGAAGGGGGAGAGCAUCGACUCAGGUGUUCAGACUGACUGAACCAGAACCAGUCACAGUUCAGUCACCUGCUGAUGGAUGUGUCCUGUCACACUCUCCCACUUCACUGCAGCUUGUUUAACUCAUGUGGUCAAAGGUUUAUCAAAGACAGGAACUCUGUGACGUUUGUACUGAAGUGAGGUGAAACUCUGUGAUUGUGACGAUGCCAGUGAUCAUCACUGAUAAUGUUCUGAGAGUCUUUGUGCAAACAGAAGCUGCCAGACCUCCACCUGAUCAACCACUACAGCCCCCCCCCCCCCCCCCCCACACACACACACACACACACACACCAAUUGAUAAAUAUACAGUCAUAUUUGAUCCAUAUAAGUCUGUGUCACUGGGCAGACUGAAGGACAAUCACACAAACCACACAUGUCAGUCCUGUGUCACUGUGUCUGGUGUUGUUGUGCUAGAGGGAUGUGACAUCACAGCUGGAUUCUCUGAGCUGGGGUGUCAUUUGUUUUGCCAUAAAACAGGUUAAUGAAAGCAGUGACUCUGUGUGUGCAUGUGUGUGCGUCUGUGCAUGUGUGUGUGUGCGUGUGCGUGCGUGGUACUGUAUGAGUCUGGAUUCGACUCAGUCCUGCUCUGAUGAUGUUUACUGACUGACUUCAGCAUUGAACUCUCUGUAUGUGAAACUGUGGCGUUGUCUGGGUCGGAGGAUGGCGGAUGUUUGCUCUCCUCUGUGUCAGGCCGUUCAUGUUGUUCCGGAGCCACUUCUCUCUUCAGUGUGGGUGAACCGGGAGAACUGGUGAAUGGGUUCCUGUGUGAUUGACACCACAGUAUAAUGUCGUAUGAAUUGUUCGGUAUGUUUCUGGAGGGAAAUGUGGAGUUUCAUAAAUAAACAUGAAAGACAAACUGUU